AUGGAAGAAAGUGAUGAGCCUGAACAGCCUAUCUCAUUAGGGAGGCAGGAAUUUAGAAGGAGAAGACGACCCAGCCAACCGCUGGUAGACAAGUCCCAGCAAACUGAUGCACCAGAAAAAAAGAAACCCAUGGCUGUAGCACAACCUCCUGUCCCCAAAGCUACCCAGAGUAUUGGUAAUAUUUCUGGAAGCAAAGACAACUACUCGGCAAAAGAAUAUGAGUCUCUUAGACUGUCUUCUCAACUUCAACAAACUUGGAUGAAGAGAAAGCGAGGCAUGGAGAUGACCGAUAAGUCUCUGCAGACAGAGGCUUCUGUGGAAGAAAAAGCGAAAGCCACACUCUCUGAUAAAACACUUACCCUUGAAGAAACCCCAGCUGGUGUUGGAGAAACAGCUCCUGAAUUGCCACAGUGUGUUCCAGAAGUAGAGAUUCCAACAAGCAGACCCACAGCUCGGUUAAUAGACAGAUCUCAGCAGACCAGCUGUACUGGUGACUUUAGUGUGAUGUACAUUUGCCCAAAAGAAACAGUGGACAAAGAACAACAGACAUACUUCAGUGAAUUAGAAAUUACCAUCAUGAAUAUGCCAGGUAGUUCCCUGCUUAAGCCAAAGGAGGAAACAAUACCUGCUACACAAGAGGGUUCCUCAUUUGAAGUAGAUGGUUCUCUUGAAUUAGAGGUACUGUCAGGUGAAAACAUCCCUGAUGCCAUGAUGCCUUUCACUGGAGGGGCAUUUUCUGGAGAAAUCCAGGCUCUAACAGCUGAUGAGCUUCCUUCUGAAGCCCAUGGUGACAUUAGUCAUCUGUCAGUGCAAGGGGCCCUUUCAUAUGAGCCUUAUGAUCGAGAGUAUCUCCAAAAAGUUGAGGUGGAAAAUGAAGAACAACCUAUUGAAAUUGUGGUUCCAUUCACAGAAGUGUUUGUGAAGAUCCAAAAUGUAGCAGGCGAAGAAGAAUCUGCUACUGUUGAAGAGUCCACUGACGGAGGUCAACCUCUACCAUCUGAGGGGGCUUUUAAAGAAGUUCAGCCACCAUUAGAUAAGCACACAUUAGAAGCAGUCUCAGCAGAAAUUGCUGUGGUACUAGCUGAGGAAUUUCCUAUAGAAGGUGUCUUUGAAGGAGGUCAGCGUCCAUCAGCAGAGGAUGCUCCUGAAGAAGUAGCACCUGCAAGAUUUCUGCCUCCACCAGCUGAGGAGGCCCCUGCAGAAGCUUCACCUGCUCCAGCUGAGGAGGCCCCUACAGAAGCUCCACCUGCUGAGGAGGCCCCUGCAGAAGCUCCACCUGCUCCAGCUGAGGAGGCCCCUGCAGAAGCUUCACCUGCUCCAGCUGAGGAGACCCCUGCAGAAGCUCCACCUGCUGAGGAGGCCCCAGCUGAACAUCCACUUGCACCAGCUGAGGAGGCCCCUGCCGAAGCUCCUCCUGCUCCAGCUGAGGAGGCCCCUGUAGAAAUUUCACCUCCACCAGCUGAGGAGGCCCCUGAGGAAGCUCCACCUGCUCCAGCUGAGGAGGCCCCUGCAGAAAUUCCACCUCCACCAGCUGAGGAGGCCCCUGCAGAAGCUCCACCUGUACCAGCUGAGGAGGCCCCUGCAGAAGCUUCACCUGCUCCAGCUGAGGAGACCCCUGCAGAAGCUCCACCUGCUGAGGAGGCCUCUACAGAAGCUCCACUUGCACCUGCAGAGGAGGCCCCUGCAGAAGCUCCACCUGUACCAGCUGAAGGGGUCCCUGCAGAAGGUCCACCUGCUCCAGCUGAGGAGGCCCCUGUAGAAAUUUCACCUCCACCAGCUGAGGAGGCCCCUGAAGAAGUCCCACCUGGACCAGCUGAGGAGGCCCCUGCAGAAAUUCCACCUCCACCAGCUGAGGAGGCCCCUGCAGAAGCUCCACCCACACCAGCUGAGGAGGCCCCUGCAGAAGCUCCACCUGCUCCAGAGGCCCCUGCAGAAGCUCUACCUGCACCAGCUGAGGAGGCCCCUGCAGAAGCUCCACCUGUACCAGCUGAGGAGGCCCCUGCAGAAGCUCCACCUGCACCAGCUGAGGAUGCCCCUGUAGAAGCUCCACCUGCUGAGGAGGCCCCAGCUGAAUCUCCACCUGCACCAGCAGAGGAGGCCCCUAUAGAAGCUCUACCUGCUCCAGCUGAGGAGGCCCCAUCUGAACCUCCACCUGCUCCAGCUGAGGAGGCCCCUGUAGAAGCUCCACCUGCUCCAGCUGAGGAGGCCCCCACAGAAGUUCCACCUGCUCCAGCUGAGGAGGCCCCUGCAGAAGCUCCACCUGCUCCAGCUGAGGAGGCCCCUGCAGAAGCUCCACCUGCUCCAGCUAAGGAGGCCCCUGCAGAAGCUCCACCUGCUCCAGCUGAGGAGGCCCCUGCAGAAGCUCCACAUCUAUCAGCAGAUGAUCCCCCUGCAGAAGUUGAGUUUCUACCUACUCAAGAGACUUCACUACAAGGGGCUUCUGUUGAAGUUCAACCUCUAUCAGCUGAGGAGGUCUUUAUGAAUGUGGUUCCAGUUGAAGAUGGCCCUACAGCUGAAACUGGGUCUCCUUCAUCAGAGGGGUCUCCUCCUGAAGAAACUACAAUGGAAACCCAGGUGACAUCAGUUGAGGAGAGCCCUGAAAAGACCUCUGCUGAUGUUCAGCCUCCACCACCUGAGACUCCUGCUGAAGACUCUUCUGUUGUUAAACAGCCUUCCAAAACUGAUGGGGUCCCUAUUCAAGAGUUUCCUAUGCAAGACACACCUGAUGAAGGUUCACUUGCUCCUUCUGAACAAUGCCCUGAAGAUAAGACUUUACUAAAAGAACAUCAGUUGCCCCCAGUAGCAGGUAUCACAGAGAAAGAAUUAGAUUCUUCUUCUUUGACAGGUGAUAGAAACUCUGAAGGAACAGAUCCUACUCCUGCAGAUGUGUCUAGGAGCAAGGAUGAGCCGGUUUCCACUUUCAAAAUAGCAGGUACCAUUAAAAUAGAGGUAAAGAACCCGCCCUCCUGA